AUGAGGUAUGUUUGGUUGGACUGUGACCCUGGUCAUGAUGAUGCAUUCGCUAUAAUGAUGGCUGGACAUAGCCAGUCAUUGACGUUGCUUGGCAUAUCAACGGUAGCAGGUAAUCAAACAUUGGAAAAGACGACAAUCAAUGCAUUGAAGGUGUGUAAGAUCAGUGGACUUGAAAGCAUUGAUGUUGUGAAGGGCAUUGGCAAGCCUUUGUUGAGACAAUCUCGUGUCUGUCCAGAGAUACAUGGCGAGACAGGUUUGGACUCAUCUAUUGUGUUGGACGUUGAAACCAAACAACCAUUACAAAAGAAUGCCAUUGUACACAUGGCCGACACUAUCAAAUCCACAUACGCAACACAUAAUUCCAAGACAACCAUCAUCGCCACCGCCUGUCUUACCAACGUCGCACUACUCUUCUCCGUCUUUCCCGAGGUAAUCGAGUUGGUAGAGAGUGUUACCUUGCUAGGUGGCGCAAUGACCACUGGUAACAUGACUCCCGUUGCAGAAUUCAACAUAUUGGUCGAUCCGGAAGCUGCCAAGAUGGUGUUUGAUAGUGGAGUCAAGGUUGUGAUGGUACCUUUGGAGAUAAGCCACAAAGCACUCAUUACAAAGGAUAUUCUGGAGCGAAUUGCAGCCAUUGGCAACACAAAGUUCAUAACCCUGACCAUCGAGUUACUCAAGUUCUUUGCCAAUACCUACUUCACAUGUUUGGAAUGGAUUCACCUCCACUUCAUGACCCUCUAG